GAUAAAGUUAAUAAUGUUCAUCUCAAGUUGCUGGAGCCCCAAGUGACGUCAAAUUGUGCAUGCGCAUUAAAAAUUGACACUGUUAAUAGUUUGCGCUGUUAAGAUGUUCCAAUCCAUCAGAUGGUGGAUGCCAGCCGCCAUGAAACGCGACAGAAGAAGGUGGCAGUAACUGGCACGAAAAGACUAAGGAGUGCACAAAUGUGGCACAAGCUAUUGCUAACAAACAAGCUAGUCAAGCUAAAAAGUCCUGUCACCCACUCAUUAAAUGGUGAAACAAGUUUAAUGAGAAACAGCGGCAACUCUGUGCAACGUCUUCUUCCAAACAUUUCAUGAGGCUAAACAUAAAUAUCCCAUGUCUCUAUGCUGCAUCUAGGAAUGAAUCUCGGGGGUGUGUAUUAUUCAUGUGAAGGGGGAGCACAGAUAAUGCACAAACUAUCAGUGAGGAGUUGAGAGAAAAAGGGGGGCAGAGGACAUCACAAAAACCACCUUGCAACUUGACAGAGAAUCUGCUGUGAGAGAGUAGAUGUGCUUAAUGUAAACAGGAAAACGCUUUGCAGCAUCCUCUGUGUAUGACUUGGUCCAAAUAGUAAAUACAAACAAUCUAGAUUGUUACUCCAACAUCAACAAGGUGGUUAAAUUGUUUCUUAUACUGCCUUCGAGCAGUGAGAGGAUUCUCACAUCUCAACAAAAUGAAAACCAAGCACAGAUGUCGCCUGUUAUGUAAUCGUCUCUCAGCCCUGAUGCACAUUCACCUGUCAAAGACGACCACAGAGACACUUGACCCAAAGCCAGCUGUUGGCCUGUGGAUGGAGAUAGCUGAUCUGAGUCUGAACCAGGUACUGAGAGGUCCAUCUUCAUCAUAUACCAUGCAGGAGCUGAAGCAGAGGACAGUGAGGGAGACACAGAGGAGGAAAGUGAGGAAGAUUGCGGUUAUUAAGACCAUGCUAUGUAUGGGUGGAAUAUGAAACACCAUCUCCUGGUACUCACCUGAGUACCUGAUUAAAAAAGUUAAGUACGCAUUGGCUGUGAAGCUGUUUUGUUUAUUUUGUGCUCCUGCAUGAGGACACACAUGCAGCAACAUAACAACAAAGACAGUGAGGAAGAAGACUGCCAGCAAGUGAAUUUGGAUGUUAACAAUGUUGGACUUUAAAAAUUGACUCUGCAAAUGUUUUAUAAGGAAGGGAAUGCAUUCAACACCACAACAACACAAUAUGUCAGACUUCAAGGAUAUGCAAAAAGUCUCGAUGCGGCAUCUCUGUAUAUGCUGAGUAGUGGUGAUGUACAGCUGUUUGAGGUGAAAGCCUUUGAGGAAGAUUUCCACUCCUGGUUCGUUGGCCAGACUGUACAGAGAGAUGGGAGACUUCUCUUUGUAACACCGAUGGAUCCGCUCUUUCUAAUUUUGCCCUAUUUGAUUAAAAGUGGCAGAGAGGGGAAGUUCCAGCCUGUGGAUCAACUUAUUAAGGAUGAGGAAUUCCCAGCAUGCUCGAGGCUGCUGAGCUGCACACGGUCCCUGGCCUCCCUGCACCACAUCGCGGAGGAAAAAGAAGUGGAAUUACUGAAGUUCCAUCGAUACAGUCAAGAGAAGACGAUGAAUUGGUUGAAGAAAAAGGUGGAGAGGACCGUCAGUGCACUCAAGAAGAGAAACAUCUCUGUGGGAGAGGGAGUCAAAUCCACAACAUACAUCAGAGUGAAGUCAGAGUCAGACUACCAUGAGGAGGACUACCUGCGAUACGCCCAUGGCCUGAUAUCAGAGUACAUCAGUGAAGACCUGAGCAAAGCCCUCCUCAAACACUUGCAGUUACCAGAGCUCACAAGCCCAAAGGAAGCAGAACCUCCUUCCAAGAAGCGGAAACUUUCAGACAAACCGGUGGAGGCCGGAGAGGACUACACCAAAUUCAACAGUGCAGACUUUGCGCGGAAACCUCCCAAGAAGAUGAGUGCUGCUCAGAAAAGUCUGGCUAAGGUGGACAAAACUGGCAUGAAGCCUAUGUCAUCCUUCUUCAGCCCCAAGGUCAAAGCUGAAAAGCAAUGAAUGUUGAAUAACUUUUGGUUUUGUAAUAAAGAAAAGAAAAUGUA